UUUACAAGAUUUUAUAUAUUUUAUUGAAGCAUACAAUUUAUAAUAACAUAAUAUAAUAUGAUAUCGCUAUUCAACUUAGCUGUGGUAUGACAUUUUUUUAAUUUGAGAUUUACUGGAUUUUUACUAUUUCUAUUUUCUUGACUAGAGAACAAAAAUGGCCUUAUCAAGUAAAAAUUCGGAACCAAAUCAUAUUAGCGCCAAAGCAUUGGAGAAACAGGGGCAUCAACUCAAAUGUAUAAACAGGCUUUGUAAUUAUGGUGAUAGUCUGAACAAUGCGUUGAAAUUAGUGUGCACUUAUUAUGGCGUUGAUUACAAACCUGGCAAAAUGGUUUGCAUGACGUGUUUUAUAAAAUGUCUUAAACAUUAUAAAUAUCUCGAAAUUAAAUGGAAGGAGGGAAAAUGUAUUAUGGAUGCCAGUUUUCCAAGUUUUGAUUCAUACUCAGUUAUUGAUGAUCCAUCAGGCAAAGAAGAAGAUGAAGCAAAAGAAGAAGAACCGAAGCCUAGUACUUCUAGGGCGGAUUUACCUGUCGACCAAGAUGUUAAAAAUGCUAUCAAUUGUGCAAUCACUCAUUUUUUCAAUAAAAACAAACAUCUAAUUGAGCAUCAAGUUAAUUUAUGCGAAGAGUUUAUUAAUGAAGGAAUAAGACAAUGUCAGGAUGGAGCGGAUGAACUUGAUAAACUUUUUUCUAAUUUAGAAGAUGAAAUGGCAUCAUUAAGAAAUGAAAUAUUUGGUCUAUAUCAACCAAUUAUAACGAGUUUAGAACCUGUGGAAAUCAAUGAGUUGGAUGAGGAAAAUAUAGAAGAGGAACAAGAAGAAGUCACAGUGCCUCAAGGAAAAACAAAUAAGCUUGUAGAGAAAGUCGAGACGCCUAAACAAGCCAAAAGGCUUAAGCUAGAUAAAUCUGAUGAGGACAAUAAAUAA